AUGGAAAUCAUCAUCCUCGUAAUAGCUCCACUUCUCUUGCUUUCUGGGUUUUGCACUACCAUUGACAUCAUUACCUCCACCCAAUUCAUCGAAGACACUGAAACUGUAGUCUCUAAUGGAAGUGCCUUCAAACUAAGUUUCUUUAGCCCGGCUGAUUCAACCAACCGCUACGUUGGCAUCUGGUACAGCAUCCCUUCUUUAUUUACUGUCAUAUGGGUGGCUAACAGGGGCAAACCCCUCAAUGAUUCUUCUGGGAUUGUGACCAUAUCCGAAGAUGGUAAUCCUCUGGUUAUGAAUGGCCAGAAAGAGAUUGUUUGGUCCUCGAAUGCUUCAAAUGCACCACCAAAUUCAAGAGCUCAGCUUUUAGAUUCUGGAAACCUUGUUCUGCGGGAUCACAUGGGAGAGCAUUCAACAUCCUUCUCAUUCACUUUUGCCAAAUAUGAAGCUCAGCACGAAUACGCAUAUCGUCAUCCAUAUUGGCGCAGUGGUCCAUGGAACGGUCAGAUCUUUAUUGAAGAACCCGAAAUGAAUUCAGUUUUCCUCAAUGGAUUUCAGAUGGUUGAUGGUAAAGAAGUUUCUGUUUACGAAACUUUUAAUCUGGCAAAUUCGUCUAUCUUUUUAUAUUAUGUCUUGACUCCGGAUGGAACAGUAGUGAAAACAUAUAGGGAGUACGGGAAGGAGUGGGAGGUUACUUGGAAGAGCAAUGAAAGUGAGUGUGAUGUUUAUGGUACAUGUGGGGAAUUUGGAAUCUUGAAUUCAGGGAAUUCACCAAUUUGCAGCUGUUUAAGAGGGUACGAGCCAAAGUAUCUAGAGGAAUGGAGUAGAGGACAUUGA